AUGGCUGACCCAUCCCUUCCCCUAUCCCCAUUUCGCCUUCUCUCCCACCUCACACCUCUACUCACUAAACCAGGCCCCAUCGCAUCCUGGCGUUCAUCCCAACUCGUGCGCAUCACAGCAGCAGCGGGGGAGGAGGAGGAGGAGGAGGAGGAGGAGGAGGAGGAGGAGGAGGAGGAGGAGGAGGAGGAGGAGGAGGAGGAGGAGGAUGAUGGUUACCCUGAUGCCAUCAUUAACCCACCUGUAAACAAUCCCUUUGUACAUCAAGUCCCUUCAUUCACGCAGCUCAUCCGUGUGAUAGCAGCAGCGGUGGAGAAGGGUGGCCUUGAUGCGAACAUUCACUCAUCCCUACCCCUCUCCCGAUUCUCCCCAAUCCCCACUCUCCCCUGCUUCCCAAAGCAAGCCCCUUUUAGACGAAGCCCCCUCGUUCGCCCAGCUCUCGAGAGCCCUUUUUUCGCCCAGCUCGUGCGCAUAACAGCAGCGGUGGAGGAGGGCGGCCCUGAUGUGAUAGCAGAGCGCCUGCCCACAGUCGUGGGGAUCGGAUACGACCUGGCUGCAGUGCAGCCACUGAAUAAUGACAGCUUUCUGUCUGCCUGCUACAACAGCAAGGUGGCAGCGGUGGACAAGGGCGGCCCUGACGUGAUAGCAGAGCGCCUACCCACAGUCGUGGGGAUUGGAUACGACCUGGCUGCUCGCCUGCCCAUCGUGGUGGGGAUGGUGGCCCACCGUGUGGGUGUGCGCAUAACAGCAGCGGUGGACGAGGGCGGUCAUGACGUGAUAGCAGAGCGCCUGCCCACAGUCGUGGGGAUUGGAUACGACUUGGCGGCCGUUUCACCACUGAACAAUGACAGCUUUCUUUCAGCCUGCUUCAACAGCAAGGUGCGUGUGUGCGUGGCAGCGGUGGACGAGGGCGGCCCUGAUGUGAUAGCAGAGCGCCUGCCCACAGUCGUGGGGAUCGGAUACGACCUGGCUGCAGUGCAGCCAUUGAACAAUGACAGCUUCCUGUCUGCCUGCUUCAACAGCAAGGUGUGUGUGGGUGGGCGCCCUGACGUGAUAGCAGAGCGCCUACCCACAGUGGUGGGGAUUGGAUACGACUUGGCUGCUGUUUCGCCGAUAAACAAUGACAGUUUCCUCUCCGCCUGCUUCAACAGCAAGCUGGCUGGCUGCUGA